AUGAAAGGAGAAAAGGAAGAAGUUUAUGAUGAAAUUAUAAAAAAGUUACCUUCUUAUAUAUUGUAUGACAAAUUUAAAUCUGAGGUCAAUGAAGUAGAUAACCAAAUAAAUUGUAAUAUAUUUAAUGCAGUUAAACAUAAAUACAAAGAUGAUUGUGUUAAACUUUGCAAAAAAAUUGUAAGAAAUUUUAAAUUAUUAUUAGAAUUCGGUAAAUCAAAAAACUAUAAUGACAGUUGUUUACAUUACAUAUAUUGGGUAUAUGAAGAAAUAGAGAAAAUUUUUGAAGAGAAUACACCAAAUGAAGAAGUUAAUGCUGUUGUUAGUGAAUUUCUGAAUUUACAAGAUAUACUUACUAAGAAUUAUAGGAUACAUAAUUGUAAAUAUAAAUUUGCUAAAGAAAUCCUAAAAGAUUUGAAGGAAAAAAAUAAAGAGAAAUAUUUGUAUGUAUAUAUUACGAAUUAUAAUAAUAUUAAAAGUAAAGAUUUUUGUAAUAAGUUAGAUGUUACAGAAUAUAAAAAAUACCUUAAUUUUAUAAGUGAAAUAUAUAAAACUAAGAAAUCUAUGUGUUGUACUUCAGGCUUUUGGAUAUGUCCAAAUUUGUUUAUGAAUUGCACUGAUGAUCUUGAUCCAAGUAAAAUUAUACAAUCUUUAGGAUCUGUUAAUGAUGGUUGUAGUGCAUUAGAAAAUAUUCCUGCAACUGAAGAAAAUGGCAAACAAUUAGGUUCUGAAGAUUUUGAACCAGAAUUUUUGGAUUCAAUUCUUUUUACUGAUUGUCGUAUAGAUAAUAAUAGCUCAAAUUUACCGUGUGAAUCCAAUGAGAAUUCAGAAAUAGAAGAUCAACAUGAAAAAAUUAGGAUGAAAGUAGGUGUCAGGUCAGAAACAAUAAAUAAUCAGUAUCUUCCAAAAAAAGAUGAACAGAUUGAUCUGAGAUGGAAAUUAAAUGCAGAUACAAAAAUACGUUGUCCUCCUGAGAAACCAAGUCAAGUUACCUUAGGACUUUGCAAGUAUGUAGAGGACCUGGUUAAACAAGAUGUUCUUAUAAAAGACGAGAAAUCUGGGAUUUACCGAUUAAAGAAGGAUAAGACAUGGCCGGCACAAGCAUUAAAUAUAGUUGUUAAAAGAGAAAUUGGAAAUCAUUUAGAGAAAAAUAAUUCACGACGUAUACAAGUUUUAAAGGCUAAUAAAUUAGAGGUUUCUUAUUCUAAAAAUUCAAUUGGCCAAGCUCAUUCUGGAAAAGAUACAGAAUAUAAUAUAUUACAGAAUACUUUUGUUCGUAUUUCCAUUGUUCUUGCUUUAGUAAUGGGAAUAAUUUCUGUUUUUUUCCUUUAUUUUAAAUUUACCCCGUUUGGAUCACGUGUAGGUAAAAUUAAAAAAAGGAAAAAAAGAUAUAGUACUAAUUUUGCUGAAUUAAAUAUGCAAAGACCUCUAAGGAGAUUCAUAAAACGUACUUAUAGGCAUUCUAACAGGAGGAGAUUUAGCUUAGUAAAUAUAUUACCUUGA